AUGGAGACCGAACCCUUGCCGUUGUCGGCCCAGCAGGAGAAUGACUUCUCCAAGAUCAUUGACGACAUUCUCGCCGAAAGCGAUAUCAAUACCGUCUCAUCCAAGUCCAUUCGCAAGGGCGUGCAAGCCAAAGUCGGCUAUGACCUCACCCCAUAUAAGAAAUCCGUCGUAACCCUCAUCCUCCAACGCUUUGACGCCUUCACUGCGACCAACAACGCCCCCGCGCACCCCACCACCAACGGUACCACCGCCCCCUCCGCAUCCCCUCCCCACCCCACCACCAACGGCAUCUCCACGCCCACCCCACCCGCCAACCGCAAGCGACCCUCUGCCCCCGACUCCCCCGCCGCGCACACCAGCACGGCCUUCUCUCCGCCUCCCAGCAAAAAACACCGCCACACGGCAUCCGUCGAAGAAGACGACGCAGCGUUCGCAGCGCGGUUGCAGGCGGAGGAGAACGCGCGGACGGCGCGCACGACGCGGGGUGCGGGGAACGGAAAGCGGAAAACGGCGCCGCGAAAGAAGAGCACGCCGAAGAAGAAGAGCGCGAGUCGGGUGACGGAUGAUAGUGGGGAGGAGGGGGAGGGUGGAGAGGGUGGGGAGAGGAAGGUGAAUCGGACGGGAGGGUUUCAUAAGCCGUUCAAUUUGAGUCCGAGUUUGAGUGAGAUGUUGGGAGGGGUGACACAGCUCUCCCGACCCCAAACCGUCAAACACAUAUGGGAGUACAUCCGCGCGCACGACCUCCAAGACCCUGCCGACAAGCGCCAUAUCAUCUGCGACGAACCCAUGCGCGCCGUCUUCAAGCAGGACAAGGUCCACAUGUUCACCAUGAACAAGCUCCUCAACCAGAACCUGUACGCCCCGGACGAAUAG